CUCUCUUGCAACAAAACAUUUCGGUCACCUAAAAAGGUCAUCAAUUGUGUAUUUUAUAAAACCAAGUCAAUUGUGCACGCGAUUAUGACACCCCACAUUGAUAUCCAAGGCAAUACUGCCCAGCCCGGGUCUACACAAAUAAACAAUGUUAGCUUUACCACCUCACAUACAGUUGAUUACAUUAAUCAACUUUGUCUCCGCGCUUUACAAUGCCCUGAUACGUUGGUUGUCAAAAACCGACUAAUAGAGAGCAAGGAUAAGCUACUUUACAAAUCAUUCGAAUGGAUUCUCCAAGACCCUCAUUAUGUCAGUUGGCGAGACGGAGACAGAGUCUGUCUCCUUUGGCUUAAGGGUGGCGCUGGCAAAGGAAAGACCAUGAUAUCAAUUGGUCUUGUCGAGCAAUUUCUACAGUUACAGAACGAUUCUACAGUGGUGACUUAUUUUUUCUGCCAAAAUGCCGACUAUGAGCUCAAUACUCUUCCAGCGAUUAUCAAGGGGCUGAUUCUGCAAUUGGUGAAUCAACAAGAGGAGCUCAAAGAAACUCUCCGACGCCACUGGGAUACUGCGAAAAAUUGCUUUGAUAAGGACAUUACCUCGUGGCGAGUGCUUUGGGACAUCUUCAUGAAAAUGUUGAACGAUUGCAAGUGCUCAAGAGUGUACGUGAUUGUAGAUGCUCUUGAUGAAUGCCAGGAUGAUGGCAUGGCGGGUUUCCUCAAGCUCCUUGUCCGAACGGGACUAAGUCAUCCCUCCAAAGUCAAAUGGGUCUUAACAAGCCGACCGCUUGACAGCGCGGAGCGGGAAUUGUUAGUUGGAUCUGAUCAGGUGCAAGUCAGCCUAGAGCUCAACAUGGAACACAUUUCUGAAGCUGUAAAGGCUUACAUUGCCUUUAAAGUAGAUGAGCUCGCUCGUCGCCACAGAUAUCAAGAAACGCUACGACAGAAGAUAGCGCUUCAGCUGCUUGAAAAGGCUGAAGGAACAUAUUUGUGGGUAAGCUUGGUGUGUAAGAGGCUUGAGAGUGUGCACCGGGAUGAUGCAUUGAUGAUAGUCCAAGCCUUACCACCAGGUUUGCAUCCUUUUUAUCAUCGGAUAUUUGAACAGCUCAGUGAGGGUGAGCCAGCUGAUGUGAAGAUGUGUAUGCGACUACUAAAGGUGAUGAUGAUGGCAUAUCGACCCCUAAAUGUGGAAGAAGUGGGUAGUGUGGCAGGUCUGGAUGAUGAUGAAGAGGUGGCUAUUAGGGCAUUAAUUGAUCGAUGUGCUUCAUUUAUCAAGAUGCGAGACACCACCAUUGAGUUUACUCAUCAGUCUGCUCGAGACUACUUAGCUGGAAAAGCUGGGCAAUCUAAACUCAACUUGCAGGAAAGAUACGGGCAUGAUGAGAUUGCAAUGAGCUGCCUGUCCCAUUUAUCUGAACGGCUGGUGAUCAAUCUCGUUGGACUACCACGACCAGAUUCGACCAGAGAAGCUUUGGACAAGAAAAAAAACGCAUUAUUAGCCAGUGUGGAUUAUGCAGCUAGCUUCUGGGUGCAACAUCUUAAGAGCGCUAAGCAAACUAUCACAGUACAGAAUGCACUUGCUGAGCCAGGAGCAGUUUUUACAUUUCUCCAUAAUAAAGUACUUGAAUGGCUGGAAUGUCUAAGUUUGUUAGACAAGCUACCACGCGCUAUUGAAGGACUAGAAGCCCUAACAAGUAUGGCAAAAGAUAGCCCCUUUCUGUCAAUUCUAGUGCAAGAUACGAAACGGUUUCUGUUGCGACACUACCACAUGCUCACAAACUGGCCAUUACAGACCUAUAGCUCUGCCAUCAUUUUCAGCCCUGAGACAAGUGUUGUGAGAAAAGAAAAUCUGGGGAAAACCCCUACAUGGUUGAGAAAGAUCCCACAUAUGGAAGACUCUUGGGAAUCUCUGAUUCAGAUACUGGCUGGCCAUUCAGGCUCAGUUUAUGCUUUGGCCUUCUCACCCAAUGGCAAGCAGAUUGCUUCUGGAUCUGAUGAUAAAACUAUUAAGAUAUGGGACGCUGCAACAGGUGACCUUCAGAGGACAAUAACUACCUACUCGGACCCAGCUUAUGCUAUGGCUUUCUCACAAGAUAGUAAGCAGAUUAUAUCUGGGUCUUAUAAUGGGGUUAUUAGGCUAUGGGAUACUAUAACAGGCAAUCUUCAGAGGACACUACCAGCUGGUCACUUGAGCAGGGUUAAUGCUUUUGCCUUCUUACCAGACAGCAAGCAUAUUACAUCUGCUGGAACUUUUGGUCAGACUUUUAAGAUAUGGGAUACUGCAAUAGGCAACCAGAAGAAGAUACUAGCUGGCUGCUCAAACAAAGUUUAUGCCAUGGCCUUCUCACCAGACAGUGAGCAGAUUGCAUCUUCUGCGUCUGCUGAUAAUGGAACUAUUAAGCUAUGGGACGCUGCAACAGGUGACCUUCAGAGGACACUAGCUGGCCACUCAUAUGAAGUUCAUGCCGUGGCCUUCUCACAAGACAGCAAGCGCAUUGCAUCUGCUGGAGCUUUUGAUCGGACUAUCAAGCUAUGGGACACUACAACAUACAGUGUUCAGAAGAAACUAGCUGACCACUCAACCUGGAUUUAUUCUAUCGCAUUCUCAGCAGAUGGCAAGCAAAUUGCAUCUGGAUCUUCUGAUGGGACUAUUAAGCUAUGGGAUGCUACAGCAGAAACCAUUCAGAAGACACCGGCUAGCCAAUCAGACUGGGCUAAUACUGUGGCCAUCUCACCAGAUGGCAAGCAAAUUGCAUCUGGGUUUGUUGAUGGGACUAUUAAGCUAUGGGAUACUGCAACAGAUAAUCUUCAGAAGACAUUAGAUGGCCACUCAGAUUCAGUUCAUACUGUGGCUUUCUCCCCAGAUGGCAAGCAGAUCAUAUCUAGAUCUAAGAAGACCAUUAAGUUAUGGGAAACCAUAACAGGCAACCUUCAGAAGAUAUUAGAUGACCAUGUGGACUGCAUUAAUACUGUGGCCUUCUCAGCAGAUGGCAAGCAGAUUGCAUCUGGAUCUGAUGAUAGAACUAUAAAGCUAUGGGAUGCUGCAACAGGUGAGCUUCAGAGGACACUAGCUGGCCACUCAAGCAGGAUUAAUACUGUGGCCUUCUCACCAAAUGGCAAACAGAUCAUAUCUGGGUCUAAUGAUAAAACCAUUAAGCUAUGGGAUACUGUCAGAGGUGUCCUUCUGAAAACGCUACAUGGCCACUCAGAUUCAGUUUGUGCUGUGGCCUUCUCACCAGAUGGUAAGCAUAUUGCGUCUUCUGGAACCGUUGAUCAGAGCAUCAAGCUAUGGGACGCUGCUAGGUGCCGGAAGGCCUCACGGUAUCUUGGGCGAACUAUCAGUAGUCGCUUUAAAUUCCGUUCAUGGCAGGAAAUCAAAACGUCAGAGCCAAUUGACACCUUAAAGUUCUCAACAAGUGCUCCAUACCUUGUGACAGACGUCGGUCCGAUUGAAGUCAAAAGCAUCCUCGCGGACAGACAAGGCACUGCGUUGGAGUCAUCUAAAGAUAUCUGGAUUACGGAGGAGUGGAUAUAUUGUGGAAAGGUGCCUGUGCUUCGGCUACCACCAGAUUUCCGACCAACAAGUUAUGAUGUGCAAGGUAGUCAAGUGGCUAUUGGAUUUCGAUCUGGUCGAGUUUUGACCUUCAGCAUUGAUGGUAGUAGCCUACGGCCAACACACUGAAAUAUCGCUUCAGACAUUGUUAAACGUGCACUGGCUCAUUAACAACCUAAAAGUGAUUUGUUAAGUCUUCAGGAUAGGAUCUUGGAUGUAUGCAAUGAAUUUAGAUCAAC